CAGACGCGUGGGGUCCAUUCCAUUUGCUCUGUGAUCUGAGCAUCUUCCGCCCUCUGUCUGUGCACCGGGACAGACGCUCACCCCAGUCCCAGGAGAGGAGCGUGGUGGCCAGAGCUGAACAAGCGCUUUGGGCGUGUCUCGCUAUGGGUGGUGCACAUCCGCACGUGCUUUGGUGAACAACACUUAUUCUUCACGUGGAGGGACAAAUUGGAGCGUGGCCCCGGCCCCAGCUGCCUGAUGCUUUCCCUGUCCCUAGAUAAUCUGUGGAGUGACCAGACUCUGGAGGCAGAUCCCGACCUUCCCCCCGGAUGGAGGAAAAUUCACGACUCCUCUGGGACCUACUACUGGCACGUGCCCACGGGCACCACGCAGUGGCAGCGGCCCUAUCCCGACCUUCCCCCCGGAUGGAGGAAAAUUCACGACUCCUCUGGGACCUACUACUGGCACGUGCCCACGGGCACCACGCAGUGGCAGCGGCCGCCACCUCCGGAUCCUCACCCCGGGCUCCGCUCUCCCCGCAGGGACUUUGCCUUCGUGGCCAGCGAGAAGGACACCUGCAUGCUGAAGUGCCACGUCUUCCACUGCAACGUGCCUGCCAAAGCCAUCGCCAAGGCCCUGCAUGAGAUGUGCUCCCAGCCUCCGAGCGACGGGUGCUGGGAGGGACAAGGCGAGCCGAGCCCCACGGCCCGGGGGCUGCGGCGAACGCUACCCCUGCUCUCGUGUCCCUUGGAGGCUGGCCCGGAGGACGCCCACAUCUUCGAGUGCCAGGUCCGCUACGUGACCUUCAUCGGGGUGGGGCGGGACGCCCACGCGUUCGCGCUCAUCGUAGACCUGGGGCAGCAGCAUUUCCAGUGCGCGGCCUUCUGGUGCGAGCCGGACGCCGGCACCAUCUCCGAGGGGGUGCAGGCCGCCUGCAUGGUUCAGUACCAGAAGUGUCUGGUGGCCUCCACCUCACGGCUGAAGUCCAAGGGCGGCUCCCGCGCGGGGCUGAAGAUGAAGCGGACAGCGUCCGUGGACUCCCCGGGGUGCCCGUUCCCUUCCCUGCAGAAAGGCGGCGGCGGCGCUCGCAAGAGGGGGGUGUUCUCCUUCCUGGACGCGUUCCGGCAGAAGCAGUCCGUGCUGCAGCCCCUCGGGGGAGAAGCGCUGACCCAGCCGGGGCCGCAGACGCUCCAGCCAGGGCUGCUCCUAGGGGUCACCAUGGAACGGGAGCGCAAUGGCUGCUGGGGUGCCGUUACCACCCCCGCUCCAAGCAGCCAGACGCGAAUGUGA